AUGUCUUUUACAAAUAAUUGUGUCUAUUUAAACGUUCAUGUCUUUUUAAUUCUAUAUAUAGAUGUUUAUAUGUAUUACAACACGUUACAAGAGUACUGUUCAGGAAGAAACCUAGCGAAACACAUUGAAAGAAACGGAGGAAAAUUACCGAAAGAUGAUGUGAGGAGUUUCGCUAAUGAGAUAUUGCUUGGUCUCAAGUAUAUUCAUGAAGAGAAGAUCAUUCAUUGUGACAUCAAACCAAAGAAUAUCUCACUUGUGUAUGAGAAUAACCGAUUUGGUAGUGUUGGUGGGUUUUCUGCUAAGAUCGCUGGUUUUGGAAAAGAGAUAAAGAAAUGGUCAGUUGAGUAUGGUGAAGGAUUAGGUCACAUGAGAGAGGUUAUGAUGGGCAUGGUUUUGGAUUAUGGUGCUGAUGUGUGGGCUUUUGGCUGUACCGUGCUUGAGAUGUUGACAGGAGAACGAGUUUGGAGUGAGUUUGGCAAAGGAUUUCUCACAAAGUGUUUGGAGAGAGACCCUGCUAAGAGGUGGUGUGUUGAUUGUUUGCUCAAACAUGGGUUCCUUAAAUGGAUUGACGAAGAGGAGGAAGAAGAUGACUUUUAUGAUGAAAUAGGAGAUGUGGAGGUAGAAUAUGAAGCAAAUCUAUAA